UUAUGACCUUCACACAAGUAACCGGAAAUUAAAAACAGCUGUUUAGAUAAACAUGGAUGAACCGACGUACGUGGCAGUGCCCAUACUAACAGGUGGACCUUUAGCGUUUGUACAACACACACACCUUUGUCUUGCAUGUUCAAAACAUACAUGCAACGGGGAAAGAUAUUAUAUUGUUCGCAAAGGAGGAGAGCUCGGUGCUAGUAACCAAUGUGCUAGUGCCUUUUUUGAGGUGUCAUUUUUUGGACAGGAGAAUGAGGGUGCAUAUCUCUGUAGAGAAUGUAAAAGGUCAAUAGAUUCAGCUUUAAAAUGGCAAGAGAAAGCUAACAAAGUAUUCAGUGAAAUUGACAAGACCUCACAAAAGUUGCUUACUACUAUUAGUAAAAGACAGUCUUCUCCUAAAUUGUCAACAACUAAAAAGUUGAAAAAGAAUUUGGAAUCUGCAAAUGGAGAAUGCAGUAAUAUAGCAUUUCUGGACCGAAACAAAAAACCAGGUGACCAAAUGAUUAUUUCUAAUAUACAAGAACUAGAUCUGUCAAGUAGUACUCAAUUACCAUCAACUAGACUACCUGAUAAAAGACUAGCUCCUCUUCAACACAAACCAGAAUUGAUACAGCCAUUGAUGGAAUCAAAUAUAGUUAGGACAGGUAAAAAAAAGGUUUAAAACAAAUAAUAGAAACGCAUUAAACAUAAAAAAGUAAAUUACUUACAUAUUAUUAUUCUUGUUGUAACAUCAAUAUGAUUAGUAAAGAAGUCAAGAUAUUUCAAUGUGUGCACUCUUGUUUGUAUGUAUUUCUUGAGACUAUGCAAUUCCAAACAUAAUAUGUCAAUUUGAAAUGGUUGUCAAAUAUUUUAGUUUCUUAAGCCAAAUAUUUCAUAUGUCCGCGUCCAGAUAUGCAUGUAAUAUUUGCCACUGGACAUUAUACACAAACCAAUUACCAUCAUCAACCUAGUUAAA